CCACGUGGUGGGCCGCGCGGAGGCCGACCUAGCCGCCGCUCUUCUCGUCCCCGCCCGUGGUCCCCAUCCGGGGCUGGCCUCGAGGGCAGCACCUUACCUGAGGACGGCCCACUGCCCCCGCCCGCGGCCCUUACGUGGGCCCGACCUCCAGGUGAGCACCCGCCCCAGGGCCGACCCUCCGCUCGAGCAAGCAGUCCCUACCCAAGCCGGGGCCUCAGAAAAAGUGUAGCAAUGGCUGCUGUUUAUUCUGGCAUUUCCCUUAAGCUUAAAAGCAAGGCAACUUCCUGGGAAGAUAAACUAAAACUAGCUCACUUUGCUUGGAUUUCCCACCAAUGCUUUCUUCCAAAUAAAGAACAAGUAUUACUUGAUUGGGCAAGACAGUCGUUGGUUGCAUUUUAUAAGAAAAAACUUGAGCUGAAGGAAGACAUUGUUGAAAGGCUUUGGAUCUAUAUAGAUAACAUUCUGCACAGCAGAAAAUUGCAGAAUCUCCUCAAGAAUGGAAAGACAAUUAACCUUCAGAUUUCCCUAGUCAAGAUCAUAAAUGAGAGAAUAGCCGAGUUCUCUCUUUCGGGAUCCCAAAGAAACAUCCGUGCUGUGCUGAGUUGCUGCCAGGGCAUCCUCUCAACACCUGCCCUUGCUGUCAUCUACACAGCCAAACAGGAGCUGAUAGUCACCUUGUUGAGCCAGCUGUGCUGGUCCACCUGUAGGCAGCCAGAAGCAGCUGUGGUACCCCAGUUAUUCGAGGUCAUUCACCUGGCCCUUGGCCAUUACAUCUUGAUCCAGCAGCAGCAGGUCAACCCAAGACGUGCCUUUGGGGAGGUGACUGGGCAUCUGCUCCAGCCCUGCCUAGUCCUGAGGCACUUACUUUCGGGGGGCACGUGGACACAGGGUGGCCAGGGCCAGCUGCGGCAGGCACUGAGCCGGGAUGUUAGGAGUCAGAUUGAGGCCAUGCUUCGAGGCGGAGCUUUUCAGCCCGAGCUACUCUCAUCCUACAAAGAGGAGCUCUUGGAGCAGCAGCAAGGUGACCAGAAGAUGGGGACCAUGAAGAAUCUUCUAGCUCCCAUGGACACUGUGAUUGCUAGAUUGGUAGAUACCAGCUACUGUGAACCAUCCCUUCAUGCUGCUGUUGUAGCCAACUCAGUGGCCUUGCUAUAUAAGCUCUUUCUAGAUUCUUACUUCAAGGAGGGGAACCAGCUUCUCUGCUUCCGGGCGCUCCCCAGGCUAUUUGGCUGCUUGAGGCUUUCCCACCUGCCAGAGGAGCAGAUAAAAGCCCUGUCCACCUCAGACUGGACCACCGAACUCCUGGUUGUGGAACAGCUAUUGAACUCUGUGGCCAACAGUAAUAUCUACAACAUUGCCACUGAUAGGAUUCGGCAUGGAGAAGCUCAGUUCCACUUUUACCGCCGUUUGGCUGAGCUGCUGAUAAACCAUUCCCAAGCCUCUGUGCCGGCCUGGUUCCGCUGCCUCAAGGUUCUGAUGUCUCUGAACCAUUUGAUUUUGGAGCCAGACCUGGAUGACCUGUUGGCUUCAGCGUGGAUUGAUGCAGAAGUAACAGAGUUUCGAACCCGAAAAGCCCAGGAGGCACUUAUCAACACUCUCUUCCAAACAUAUGUCAAACUCCGGCAGGUGCCACGGUUGUUUGAGGAGAUUUUGGAGGUGAUCUGUCGUCCGGCUGCUGAGGCGCUGAGGCAGCCAGUGCUGGCCGCAGGGCCCUCCACGGUGCUCUGUGAGUGCCUCCUGGAGUUGCCCCCCAGUCAGGUCUUGGAUGCAUGGUCCCUUGUGCUGGACAAGUUCCAGUCUUUGGUCUUGCCUUCUCUGCGAGCUGAUGUCGACAUGGCCCUGAAGUCCCUGUCCCUGAGCUCGCUGCUGCACUGCGUCAUGUUCAAUAUGAGGAGUCUGGACAAUAGCACACCUCUGCCUGUCAUCAGACGGACACAGUGCACGAUGGAAAGGAUGCUCCAAGAGCUCGUGAAGCCCCUGCUGCACAUUCUCCUGGACUGCCAGGGCCCAGACUGUGAGCUGUGGCUACAGAAGGUCAGUGACUCUGCGCUCCUGCUCUCAUACGCCUGGGCCCAGGUUGAUGCCAUGCUUAGUCUAAACUGUAGCCAGUAUCACUCUGUGUCUGGGGCCUUUACUGGUGGUGUUCCAGAGGUCUCUGACCUCCCUUCAUUGCUCCCAGGUAUAGAAACAUGCCACUGGAAGAAGAUAGAAAAGCUUGUGGCUCAAUUUGACACUCUCGGCAGAUAUUGCUUAGAACACCUCUACCUGCAGAAAAUGAAAAGGACUUUGGUGCAAACUAGUUUCCUGUCUGAAGCAGCCCUCCACUCUCUUAAGUGUGAUGCUGCCUACAUUCUUGGUUCUGGCAGAGAAAGCUUGACUCAGAGGACCGCAGCUUCCUGGGAUGGUGAAGUGGGGACAGUGAGUGCACUCACAUACCCCGUAGCACACUGGCACUUGGUUAUGUCAAAUCUCUCCAUUUUAAUAUCGUACCUCUCUCCAGAUGAUGUGAGAUACCUGGCUGAUGUCCUGCUAAGAACUUUACCAAUGAGCAGAGCCCAGGAAGGCUCAGCAGAUGAGGAGCUAAAUGUCACACUUGAGAACAUAUCCAAGGCCGUCCUUCACAGCCCUCUCUUUCCAGAAAUGCAGUCCCUUCAUUCUGCUUUCUUAAUGUGCCUAACUGCAAGAUGUACUAGCAUUCUGUGUUCUGGUGUCCAAAGUGACUCUAGUCUUCUUAGUCAGCAGCUUCCCUGGCUUUUUGUAAAGGACCACAUGGUUGUGGCUCACUGGGAAAACAUAUUUGCAAAAGUUGGACCUGAUGUUGUAGAACCAAGAGGAGAAAUUGCCCAAAACUUACUAUCCUUGGUCAGGAGCGACUUUCCCAUUCAGCUGGAGGGGGAACAAUUAGACAGCAUCCUGCGGCUUUUAGAAGUUGUUUCUACUCUGCAACUGGACAACCUCUUGAGUCCCCAUCAUGUGUGUUAUUUUCUUCUGUUACUGUCCAUGGCCAUCAGCAAGGUGGGGGGCUCUUGCUCCUCCUCACUGAACCUCAAGUUUUUGAUGACUUGCUACCAGCUCCUUGCUUACCUGCAAAGGGGCAAAAGUGCCCGCUCAGUGCUCAAAGUCAUGUACAUUAGUGAUAUUUUUGAGAUUGUACUGACCUCAUUGUUCAAAAUGAGUAGUAGAUUUCUUAUUGAUAUGGAUGACCCUUCUUGGUUGGAAUUCCUCCAAGUGAUAGGGACAUUCUUAGAACAGCUCAUGCAGUUGCUUAUCCAGAUAAAGCUGAGCUUGGUGCUCAAUUUUGGGAAAAUCAUCGCAUUCCUCUCAAGGUUCAAACCGUACACUGAAGCAACUUCAGGCAAACAAUUGGAAAAUCAAACUCCUCUGGGCAGGCAGCUCCUUCUGGUGUCUUUAACUAAGUUAUGCCAAGUCCUGGGGCCUUUUGUUAAAGAAUGGAUGCAGCAACACGAGGCCACAGAAGCACUGCCUGAGCUGUUGCAGCAAGCCAUUCUCCAUACUGGAGUUGUGCUCCAGCUCUGCUUGGUACAUGGGGCGCAGGGCCGGCGCCUUCCCUCUGCCUUCAUCUCGUCGGUUAGCACACUCUUGGAAGCAGAUGUGGGCCAGCACUCCAGGCACCACGGGACAGAGAUUUCCCCAAUGACAGACAAAAUGCAGCUCUCCCAUCCUGCCCUCUACCAGAGUGUUUACUCUCAAAUACUGUCAGAGUUGCCAGCUCUUGCAGGAGACACUCAGUCUUUCCAGGCAGCUGUGCGGUUUUUAACUCUGUUCCUUUUGGCCCCAGAACUACAUCCCAAGAAGGAUUCUGUUUUUAUCUCCAUAUUUCAUUCUGUGAGAAAAGUUCUUGCAGAUCCUGCAAUUUCAGUUCAGGUAAUUCAGGAUUUUGAACCUCAUUUGGGAGCCUUGUUCACCCAAAUGUUAGAGGUUGGGACAACAGAGGACUUCAGGAUGGUGAUGCGAUAUAUUCUCCAAGGAUUAGACAUCUGUAAUAUGUGGAGAGCAGAUUUACAGGCCAUUUUAUCUGCUGUUACAUUGAUCAAGUUGCUACUGAGCUGCCUCUUCAGUGGAGAGAAGGCAAGUUUGUUCUGGCGUGCGUGCCCCCAGAUAGUCACGGCUCUGAUUCUACAAAACCGAGAGGCUUGUCAGGAGCAGCCUGUGCCCCUGGCAGUGGUGGGGCCCAUUUUGGAUGUGCUGGCCGCACUGCUGCGGCAGGGGGAGGAGACCGUCAGCAACCCGCACCAUGUCAGCCUGGCCUUCAGCAUCCUACUCACAGUCCCUUUGGACCACCUGAAGCCCUUCGAGUAUGGGAGCAUCUUCCCAAGAGUGCACAAUGUGCUCUUCUCAAUCCUGCAGUGUCACCCGAAGGUUAUGCUGAAAGCCAUCCCUUCUUUCUUGAACUGUUUCAAUAAGUUGGUGUUUUCAGUUAUGCAUGAAGGGCGGCAGAAGGACAAAGGAAGCACAGAUGACCUGAUGGUGGUUCUAGACUGUGCCCGCCUAGUGGGAAGGAUGUACAGCCACAUCGCAGCCCGGGCUGAAGAGUUCACAGUGUUUUCCCCCUUUAUGGUGGCCCAGUAUGUGACGGAGGCACAGAAGGUCACCUUGUAUCCGGCGGUGAAAGGCCUUCUGCAGGAGGGCAUCUACCUCAUCCUGGACCUCUGCAUUGAACCAGACAUCCAGUUCCUACGGGUCGCACUGCAGCCAGGAGUGAGAGACAUCUUUAAGGAGCUGUACAAUGAUUACGUGAAGUAUCACAAGGCAAAACACGAAGGAGAGAAGAGAUACACCGUCUAAGGCUGCAGCUUUACAGAGGUGCUGCCAGCAGUGCUGAGCGGCCUUGGCCCCCAGGCUUAAAGAGUGGAGAGUGAAAGACUUCAGAUGUUGUAAUGUGCAGUGUUGGCAUAUGUGGAAAAUCCUUUUCGGUUUAUAUAAUUUAGAUUUUAUUGUUGUGUUUUUCACACAGUAUUUUUUAACGUCUUUUUAUGCAGUAAGUAUUGCAAUAGAAUCCUGAAAAUAGACACUAGGAUAAGGUGCAUGCAGUAAAAAAUUGCCAAAUCUCUCUGAUGGCCAUUUCAAAUGUCCAAAUGUGGUUCUUGUCUCGAUUCAGUGGUUUGGUUCCCCUCUCCCCGCUAAGAACUAUCUAGAACCUGUUUUUUACUUCAGAUACAUGGCUAUAUAAUUAAAUCCCUUUUAAAUAUCUUUGCCUUUUAUAUUCUUCAAGUAAGUGACAUGGGAAGUAUUCUUGAAAUGCCACUUUUUCUGCCUUCUCUCUGAGUAUACCUUCUGAUGGGGCUGGAGAAAGUUAGAGCUUUGCUACCCCGUGUCGGCUGAGGUGCCUGCUCUGGGCGGGGGUCGGGGCCCCUGGUGUGCAAGUAGAUGCUCUUUAGGGCUCUGUUCUCCUACCUACUCUUCCUGAUUUAGCCUUCUAAAGUUUACUUUGGAAUUUUUUUUCCUAUUCAGUCUAAGAAAUACUCUUAGUUGUUUUUACUUAUUACCUAAGCAAUGUAUUUCAUUAUAGCAACCUCAGAAAAUAAGAGGGAAAAAACUUUAGAAACCCUCCUAGCCCCAGCUACCCAGACAGCCUCACCUCCUUGGUGUGAGUUGUUUUCAUCCCUUUACCGUGCAUCUGUAUAUAGAGAGAGGUGUACAUAAGGAAACAUAGUUGCCACGUUGGAUUAUAAAUGCACUUUUGUUUUAGUUACCUAACUUUUUUCCCUAUGUAAUAUUUCAAUAACAUCUUUGGGUAUAUAAAGACAUUUGACAUACUUUUUAAUGGCUGAAUAGUAGUCCAUUGAGUAGAUGUAGCUGUUUUAUCUAAUAAAUUCUGCGUGGUUAGACAUCAGGAUCUGUCCAAGUUUCCUUUUAUAGGCAAUGCUUUCAGCUGACUCUUCCCUUCUAUCUUUAUUUUCAUAAGAUGAAUUCCCACAAGUUUUCAAAAAAUUGCUUGUCAAAAAUCCUUUCACUUCUUAAUGAUUUAUAUAAAUAUUGCCAAAUUGCCCUCCGGAAAAUGAACUAAUUUAUUUUCCCACUAGUCAAUCAACUUUAAUAUUACUGAUUUUCUUUCUUUUUUUUUUAAGAUUGGCACCUGUGCUAGCAUCUGUUGCCAAUCUUUUCUUUUUUUUCUUCUUCUCCCCAAAUCCCCCCAUACAUAGUUGUAUAUGAUUUUCUUUUUUUAUGUUUCCUUGUUAGAGAAAUGUUAUUUUGUUUUGAAUUUCUUUAGUUACUAAGAGGUUGUACACUUUUCGUAUUUACCAUUUUUAUUUCUUAUCUAAAUUAUGUUUACAUAAUUAUGUUUGUUAUGUAAUAUUAGCUUGUUUCUCAGUUGGGAUAUUUGCUUUCAUUAUUACUUACUGUCUUUGUGGAAUUCAUGUUGGAUUUCUCCUGAAAAUCCUUGUUUAGUCAGUCAAAUUGUAGUCUUACAUUAUUUGAAGGAUCAUCCCUAAGCAAAAGGCUUUUUUCCAUUACUUUUUCAUGCAUGUAUGAUUGGAACAGACAAUAUAAAGUGGAUUUUUGGGCUAUCUAAGAGAAAUAGCCCAUUUUU